UUGGCCCGUAUCACGCGGCUAAGCCUCGUCAACUACCGCAAUUUCCGCGAAGUCGACAUCGCGCCGCCGGCGGGGGUGUCGGUGUUUCACGGCGGCAACGCUCAGGGGAAGACCUCCCUGCUUGAGGCGGCUUACACGCUGGCCGUGGGCCGGUCCUUCCGCACUGAACGCGAGCGGCAGGUGCUCAACUUCGACGCCGCGCGGGACGGCGGGGCAGCCUACAUCACGGGAACGGCAUGUGUCGACGGGCAAUCGCUCACCGUGGUGAUCGGCUACCAACCGACGGCGCGAGAGUCCGGUGCGAGUGGAGGUAGUGACGCGGCGAGUCCAGGUCCGGCGACGCUGCCGCCGGUUACCAAGCAGAUACGGAUCAACCGCCAACCUGCCACGGCGGCCGGCCUGGUUGGCCGGAUCGCAGCGUCCCUUUUUUUCCGUGGACGACCUGGAGCGUUGCAACGCUUCCAGGCCGCCUUGCGGAACCGCAACGGCCUGCUGCGACGCCGGAGGGACGGACACGUCGACCCGGAAGAGCUGCAGUAUUGGGACGAGCAGCUUGUCCAGUCGGGGGCUGUGGUAACCUUCGGGCGAUCCGAGGCGCUGGCACGGCUGUCCGUUUUCGCCCGUCGCCAGCAUGGCGAAUUGGGAGAGCCGGAACAGGACCUGGCGCUGGAGUAUCUGCCCAGCGUACCCCCCGGCGAGUCCGUCGAGGAUAUCGCCUCGGCGUUCCAGCGGGAGUUGCAGCGAGUCUCGGCGCGGGAGCAGGCCACCGCGAUUACGGCCGUCGGGCCGCACCGCGACAACUUUGCGACCUCUGUCAACGGCCUGGAUGCCGCCUCCUUUGCGUCCCGGGGCGAGGCUCGAACCAUCGCCCUCGCGUUGCGGCUGGCGGAGGCCGAGUACCUGGCCGAGGUUCGCGGGGAUGACCCGGUCAUCCUGCUGGACGACGUGUUUUCGGAAAUGGACGACCGGCGGCGGGAGAGGGUCUUGCAAAAGGUCGCCCGGUAUCGUCAGACUCUGGUCACCACCACCGACGUCGGACCGGUUCGCGAAGCGUUGGGCAAUAGCGCCGCGUACUUCAGCGUGGCCGACGGCGCGGUGACCCGCGAGGCGAGUUCCGCAUGA